AUGUCAUGGUUUGGUUGGGGAAGCUCUGACAGUAGCACUAAGGUUGAAACUCCAAGCACACCAAUAGAUCUUAGCGGUGGCAGCGGUGGAGUGUCAUUUGACCUUACGGAUCAUGGAGCGAAUCAGGCUUCUUCAACUGUCGACCAUUCUCCGUUCUCCACACCUGUACUUGCUCUCGAUCAAAUCAAGAGUGCUGGUGUUCCUGUCACUAGGCAAAUGACUCCUUACUUACAGAUGGAUCCUUCGAUGUUCAUCUCUUCACAACCGCAAUACAUCAUGCCUGACGGCGGAACUGGCUCUUCAGGCAAGGGUAAAUUCGAGUUCGCCCUUGGACACAUUGGAUGGGCUGUAGGGUGUGGUUUCGCGGUAGGAUCAAUCAGAGGUGGCCUCGGAGAGCUAAUGAAUCCAGAAACGAGAAAACUGGUGGGAAAGCCAUGGAUGACUCGAAUGGUUAAUGCCACGGUUAAGCAUGGAUCGGGAUAUGCUCAACCAGCAGGUGCUGUCGUCUUCAUGUACUCCGCGCUAGAAAUAGCUCUACGUUCAGUUCGGGCAGAAGAUGAAUUGAACAGUCUCGGUGCUGGUGCACUCACAGGAGCCAUCUACCGCAGUCCUCAUGGGUUGAGAGCGAGCGGUAUCGGGGCUCUCGUCGGCUUAGCAUUAGCUGCCGCAUGGACGAUAGCGAACCCGGAUAGCCGGCAACGAAUCUCUGAAAUAUUUGCUUGA